UCUUCCGUUUCCUUUCUGACCAUUUCGCACCCCCUCGUUGCUGUUGCUGUCGUUACACCGCACAUUGGCAAGAUGAGUGGAGCAAACGGCAAAAAGGGGUCUUCCUCCGGUGUGAUGGACUGGAUCAGUUCGGCUUGUCGGUUCGCAACAGACAGAAACGACUUCAGAAGGAACCUCCUGGUCAACCUGGGAUUGUUUGCAGCUGGUGUUUGGGUUGCAAGAAAUUUGUCAGAUUUUGACCUAAUGUCUCCUCAGCCUGUCACAUAACCCUGUCAAAACCAGGAUGAUGGUGUCUCGGACCAAUAAAGAAGAAACAACAGACAAGAAUGAAACUUUAACAACUACUUAAAUUUGUUCGGGAAAAUGCUGACCUGAAUUAGCUUUCAGUUAAACAUCUUUCAUCUUAUCAUAAAUGCCGUCAAAA